AUGGCGGACCGUUAUUCUUUCUCUCUGACCACUUUCUCCCCAAGUGGGAAGCUGGUGCAGAUUGAAUAUGCGCUCAAUGCUGUCAACCAAGGCAUCACUGCCCUUGGCAUCAAGGCUACCAACGGCAUCGUCCUUGCUACUGAGAAGAAGUCGUCUUCGCCCCUCGCAGACCAGAGCUCUCUUUCGAAAAUCAGCAACAUAACACCCGACAUCGGCAUGGUGUAUUCUGGCAUGGGUCCCGAUUACCGAGUAUUAGUCGACAAGGCACGUAAGGUGUCUCACACGGGCUACAAGCGAAUCUACAACGAAUACCCCCCGACUCGCAUAUUGGUGCAGGAUGUCGCUCGCGUCAUGCAAGAGGCUACCCAGUCUGCUGGUGUCCGCCCUUAUGGUGUCAGCUUGCUCGUUGCCGGAUGGGACGAGGGCAUCGAGCCUGAUGUAGAGGCAGAGGUUGAAGACAAGAUGGAUACCGAGGGGGAGAAGAAGAAGACCACAAAGACGGGUGGUAUUCACAAGGGCGGGCCCAUGCUGUACCAAGUAGACCCAUCUGGCAGCUACUAUCCGUGGAAGGCGACGGCUAUCGGAAAGAGUGCGACAAAGGCCAAGACUUUCUUGGAAAAGCGGUACUCAGAGGAGCUCGAGCUGGAGGACGCCAUUCACAUCGCCUUGUUGACGCUUAAAGACAACAUUGAGGGCGAGAUGAACGGAGACUCGAUUGAGAUUGGUAGGUUCGAUUCUGAUAAGUGGUCGUGA